AAACGAGGCGGAUCUGUCCGUGACGAACUACAGUUGCUUCCUUUUUUUUUCCCCCUUUUUAUCUCUAACCCCUCUUUUCUUUCUUUCUUGAAAUUGAUCAAGAGUUGGAAUACCUGCUUUUUUUUUCGAUUGCCUUACAUCCCAAGUAUCACCAUCUGUCCAGUAUCUUUUACCUCAAUUCUUUGGCGUUAUUUCUGUUCGACCCUUAAAAGUUCCCCUAUUUUCCACCCUGCAGCUCCUCAACAUUUGAUUUGCUACAGUUCCAUUUUUUAUUUCCUACCCCAAUUGAAUUGUACCCUAGGAUAUCCUUGUUACAGACUUUGAUAGGUACAUUUGUGUGUGGCCAUCGUGGGCCAUUCUGCCCGCUACCAAAACCAAGACCGUCGCCCUGAUUCCUUUCUGUCUUCUUUGCGAGCUUUUUUUUUUUUUUUACUUCCAGUUUAACCUGGCUGGUGAGUCGCAAUCAUGUUCAGCAACCGCAAGUUCAGUAUCAACCGGAACACGGGAGUUCCAAAGCCCUCCCGGCGCUUCUCCCUUGCCGAACCGAGCGCGAACGAGGCUGGGUCCAAGAUCCACAGGCAGUUCCGUGCCGCCCACGAAGGCCAUCUUCCUCAUGCCGGUCUCGAUCCCACUCGAGCCUCGACUGGUGUCGUCUGGUGUACCGAGCGCGCAACCGAGUAUGGCUUCAUGGAGGAGCCCGAGAAGUGGGCAAACCUCGGCCAGGGCGCCCCUGAGGUAGAAGAUGAGAUCGAGGGCUGCUUCAAGCGCCCCACGAGCGUCGACGUCACCCUCAACAGCCGCGAGUACGGCCCUACUGCCGGCAUCAAGCCCCUGAGGGAGGCCGUCGCCCACCUGUACAACGAGAUGCACCGCAAGGGCCAGGACAGCCUCUACACCUGGGAGAACGUCGCCAUCGUGCCUGGUGGCCGUGCUGGUCUGAUCCGUAUCGCUGCCGUGCUCAACAACUCGUACCUGUCCUUCUUCAUCCCCGACUACACGGCUUACAACGAGAUGUUGUCGCUCUUCAAGGACAUUGCCGCCAUCCCUGUGCCCUUGUCCGAGGACGAUGGCUACCACAUCAACCCGGACAAGAUCGCCGAGGAAAUCGCCCGUGGUACCGGUGUCAUCUUGACCUCGAACCCCCGUAACCCUACCGGCAGGGUCGUUUCAAACCCCGAGCUGGCUGAGAUUCAGGAUCUGUGCCGUGACCGUGCUACAUUUAUCUCGGAUGAGUUUUACUCCGGAUACAACUACACAAGCGACUGCGAUGGAACUACCAUCAGCGCUGCCGAAAACGUUAUUGAUGUCGACGAUGACGAUGUUCUUAUCAUUGACGGCCUGACCAAGCGCUUCCGUCUUCCCGGUUGGCGUGUGGCUUGGAUUCUGGGCCCCAAGGAAUUCAUCAAGGCUAUCGGCUCGUGCGGUUCCUACCUCGACGGCGGCACCAACGUCGCCUUCCAGGAAGCCGCCAUCCCGAUGCUGGAGCCUACCCUGGUCAAGGCCGAGAUGAAGGCCCUGCAGAGCCACUUCCGCGACAAGCGCGACUACGUCGUCAAGCGCCUGCGCGCUAUGGGCUUCAACAUCAAGUUCGUCCCCGACUCGACCUUUUACCUGUGGCUCAACCUCGAGGGCCUGCCGAAGCCCAUCGAGGACGGCCUCAACUUCUUCCAAGCUUGCCUCGAGGAAAAAGUCAUCGUCGUGCCCGGAAUCUUCUUCGACUUGAACCCCGCCCGCCGUCGUGACCUGUUCGACUCGCCCUGUCACCACUUUGUUCGCUUCUCGUACGGUCCCAAGAUGGAGACGCUGAAGCUUGGUUGUGAUGGUAUCGAGAGGGUCGUCAACAAGUUCAAGGAUGCGCUCACCAUGACACACGCCUAAAGUCUGAGAGCCGUCCGGAGAUGAGACGAUGAAGGCAUAGAACGAAAGAUAUGACUGAAGAAAUGCUUUGUUUUGGGAUAGCUACAUGAGCGAUGUCUUGGUCAUGAAAUCAAUAGAAUUGAGGCCAUUGUGGCAUCAAGGAUUGCAGUAUAUGCGCUUUCGCCACAGUCAGGAUUCCUGGUAUGUGCUCGACCAGUAAUAGCAUUGUACUUGGUGAAGUGUAGCUGCUUUUCUAUGCCGGGUGUGUCUAUUCGGUCGCAACACUGUUUAUGUCCAGAAAGCCCAUAAGUAUAAUGUAUAUCAUACGACAGCGAGCAGCCAGAUAAGAAAGGCAACAAGUCUAAAAUUGUGAGGAGUUGAAUUAAAAAUCAGCCACUAUCCAUCUGAGAAAAGAACACCAAAAAUAAAGAAUAAAUCAACAACAAAACGAUCAUAUUCUGAUACUCAAUUUGAGUUGACUACCAUAACACAUGGUUAGUGACCGUUGCUCUCUUCGUCACCACCGCUCGCGUGUAAAAGGCCAAUAAUGUCGUUGGUCGAAAAGUACUCAACCAACCACGGUGCCAUGGCCUCGGUCGGGUCUUGGCCCCAUGUGAUCUCGCGACUAUCAAAUGUCAGGUCAGCAAGCUGAGCGUAAUACCCGCUUCCUGGAGUGACGACUCCGGUGGUCUGAACCAUGGGCGACGAGAAAUCUCCCGGCUGUGGGUGUUCGAACUGUGAGCCCUGCCGGUUAAGAGGGCCAGAUAGCGCCGCCAGUGAGGACCCGCCGCCGUUUGGCGAUGGGGAUGGCUCGUAGCUGGUAACCGAUGAGCGCACCGGUGCCGUGUAUAUGCUGCUGUUCCCUGUCAUGUCACUCGUCGGAGGAGCUGUUGUUGUACCCUCAGAGUUGGAAUCAAACUGGCGAUGACGUUGUAGAUGAAGGUGAUGCUCGUUUGCGGGAUCGCCACUAGAUAGACGAGAUCGAGGUGGCUCCUUGGCCGAUGCACCAGCUCUAGGGCUGUUGAGUGAAGACACGGAUCUACGCUUCUGCCGUGACCGGUGCUUAGGUGAGACGUUUACUGCUGGUACUGGCGAAAACCGCAUUGCUGAUACGGGUGCUUGUGGGUAGGCAGAAGUGUAUAUGGCUUGCGAGGGCUCAUUCCUGAGAGGGUCGUAGGCCAGGUUCCCCGGAGGUGUGAGGGGUGCCGGUAAAAUGAGUGGUUUGCUUGCAGAAUCAAAGCUCGUUUCGGUAUUGGUUGCCAUUGCAGCCCCGGUAGGUAUCUCUUGUUGAUGAGCUGAAGAUGCAGGCCGGUGUCGUGCCUGGUGCUGGUGCUGCAGACUCAUGGCGGCGUUGGCUUGGUUCUGAUAAACCCAAGUGAGAGAAGAGUUUGGCGAGUUGGUUGUGCCUGUGAGAGAGAAGCCAACCAUGGGCGGCACAUUUGGAGUCGAAGAAAUCCCGAAUUCCCGAGGAAGCCGGCCUAACGAGGAUGACCGCCUUCCUGACAUUUUCUUGGUCAUUGCGUACUCUUCUAGCGUGUAAGUUUCGCAGUCCCAGAUUCCCUUGGACUUUUGAUCCAAGGCUGUCAGUAUGUACCUCACACCACCCCAAUAAGACUGUAGCUGCUGGAGACUCUUGUAACAGCGCUGGUAGUUCUGAUUCGCUCCAAAGGCAAGCAGCGAGCUAGGUUGCUUCGCCUCCUUGUCCUUGGCCGUGAAAGCGAAGCCGUUUGUCAGGCCAGCCGUUUCCGAGUCGGUAUGUGAUGGGGCCGACGACUGCGCUGUGCCGGACUGCAUCAAAAAGGCACACGCGGCUAUAUACAUGGGCUGGGAUGUGAAAGGAUUUCCCAUGACGCUUCUCGAGUCGAUAAGCUCAGCAAAAGAGAGAAUAUCCGCAAUCGAUCUGGCGCUCGAGAUUGCCACUUCGCGGCCAUGUGGCAAGAGAUCAUCAAUCUGCCGGAUGGCUCCAAAGAUGACGGCGGGCUGGUGGAGGAUGAU